AUGGACGAUAGCUCCAAGGAAAGGGAAAGGUUGAUUUUAAACAUAGUGAUCAUAGUGGUAUCCAUGAUCGUGAUUGCAUUGCUCACCUUCUCUAUUGUUGCACGCAUAGAUGGUCGCGAACAAGAUGCAGGGAAUCUAAAGUCUCUUCUUUCUAUUUGCUCUAAAACAGAGGAACCAGAUUGUUGUUUCCGUGUGUUGAAACACGUAGGUGACAGAGCCACGAUUCUGAAUUAUGUGAAAGCUGCCAUUAAUGCAACCCUAGCUGAAUUACUUGUGGUGAUUAGGCCUAAACCUCGUCUUGAAAUGAGCCUCACGCGUCUGCAGAGACAGUCAUAUGAAGAUUGUUUGGAGCUAUUGAGUUUGGGACAGGAAGAACUAGAAUCUCUGUAUGCGACGACAAAUUCUUAUACAGAGUUGUGCAAACUAAACCUUGAUGAUGUGUUGAACAGCCUAAGCGCUGUAAUCUCAUAUCAACACACUUGUUCUGAUGAAUUAAUGCGAACAAAUAACUAUGAGAUUUUGGGAUAUUCCUUGGAGGUGCCAAUUGUUCUUACAAGGAUAACCUUAGCCAUUUUUAAUAAUUUUUCAGAGAGGCCUUACAGUAGAGAAAGACAAGGACUAACUCAAAACACAGAGCGCAAAAUGAUAGAGUCUGAAGGAGAUGAGUGUGGGAUGAGGGCAAUAAGUAUAGUCGUGGCUCAAGAUGGAAGUGGUAAUUUCUCAACCAUAGCUAACUCCCUGGAUGCAUGUCCAAACAAUAGCAAGUGUGGAUGUAUUAUUUACGUGAAAAAAGGUAAAUACGAGGAGAGGGUUGUGAUUCCUAAGAAUGUAAGCCAUUUGUUAAUGUAUGGUGAUGGGCCUGAGAACACCAUUGUCGUUGGUAUCAACACAACACACUCCAAUACUGUCACAACAUCCUUUCGAGCAGCUACUUUCGUGGUGAUGGGGAAAGGAUUCAUCUGCAAAGGCAUGGGUUUCACUGCCCCAGAAGGUAUUGCAGGAGCACCAGCACUCCUUGUUCUUUCUGAUCAAGCAGCAUUCUUCAACUGCAAAAUUGAUGGUAAAGAAGGCAGCUUGUAUGCAGUAGCCCAACGCCAAUUCUACCGAGACUGUGAGAUUCUUGGCAGUGUGGACAUCAUCAAGGGAGACUCUGCAACUGUAGCUCAGAACUCAAAAAUCAUUGUGAAGGCUCAAAAUUCUUCUGAUUUUGUUUUAAGGAGAAAUGUUGUGAGUGCUCAAUCCAGGUUGGACAGGUAUCAAACGACAGGGCUUGUGAUCCAGAACUGCACCAUCACAGCACAGGGAGAAAUCAUGAACAAUCUUACUGCUACCACUUACUUGGGAUCCCCAUAUAGUGCAUACUCAAGAACUAUCAUUAUGGAAUCAUUUCUAGGAGAUGUGAUACAUCCAAAAGGUUGGUGUAAAUGGAGUGACAACUAUGGCAUAAAAACAGGAAUCUUUCGGGAGUUUGAAAAUAGAGGGCCCGGGGCAAGAACUGAUGGAAGGGUAAGGUGGAAUGGCUACAGAACAAUCUUUGAGAGAGCCCAAAUGGUUGAUUACACAGUUAGUGAGUUUAUUCAGGGAGACCAAUGGUUGCAAAAUACAGGCAUUCCGCAUGAAUCUGGGUUUUUUGUACAGAAAUAG